CAUGGCAACCUGUCAACACAGAUCAUCUUUCUCACAGUAGCGGGUGUACCGCCUUGCCCAGGGUGUUGUGUGGCAUCUACCUCCUCGAUUUUAAGGCUAGCCUUCAAAGUCACCCAAAAUGUUCAACCUAAGGACUAGCAUGAGUGGCAGACAAUACAGCCCUGGGGUGCUGAUUGGCAACUGGAACGAAGAUGUGUGUCUGGAAGAGGUAAUUAAAAGCUCUCCCCCCUCCCUACUUGACUUCUUUCGUUUACUUUGUGUCUUUAUUCCAUUUUCUGUUCAGUCCUUUCUACAUUUACUUGGAAACAAACUCCACUGUGUCCAGUGAGAUUACUCUCAGUUAAGUGCGCAUUGGCUAAUUUCUGCUAUAUGAUACAUGGUUGGUGCUUUUUUCCAUUAAAAUAAAUGUUUGGGGUACUCUCAUUUUCCUACUCAUAUUGAAAGACUGCCCCUCAAGGAGGCCAAACUUGGAUUCACAAAAUGUUUAGGGGUAUGCGUACCCCUGCGGCCCCCAGAAAAAAAGCACUGUACAUGAGGAAAUGUGUUUUGUCAAUAAAUUUUGUAGCAUAAGUUAUUGAUACCAAUUACUAUGGAUGUUUUAAGGAAAAUCCCCUUAAGUCUAUGGAUAGAUUUUUGUACAGUCAUACCUCGGGUUAAAUUUGCUUCAAGUUGAGCGCGUUCGAGUUGCGCUCCAUGGCAACCCAGAAGUAACGGAGUGCGUUACUUCCGGGUUUCACCACUUGCGCAUGCGCAGACGCUCAAAAUGACGUCACACGCAUGCGCAGAAGCGGCGAAAAGCGACGCGCGCAUGUGCAGACGUGUCGUCGCUAGAUACGUUUACCUCUAGAUGCGAACGGGGCUCUGGAACAGAUCCCAUUCGUAUCUAAAGGUACCACUGUACUUUUAUUCUUUAUAUUUUAUGAACUUUAAUUAUGGCAAAUAAUUAGGUAAAUGCUUUGUCCAAAACAAAGGACAUUUCUUUUUCUGUAUUUGGGAUAUUAAAGAAAAAGUGCUUCUUACUGAUGCCAACCGACCCAGCUUUUUCCUGAUUCUGCUUCCUUUUCUACACACCUUUCUGUAUUUUGUAAUCAGCUUUGUGUCUUUUGAACUCUAUUUGUGGCCCCUGGCUCAAUUUGUGGGAGUCUGCCUUAGUUGUGCACACCUCUUAAUGGUGAAAUUUAGCAGACUUUUAUUGCUGUUGUUUUUUAUUUGCAUUUGGCAUGGUUUGCGGUGGCUGGAGGUUGCGCUAUUCAGACCGAGCCCCGGUGAGACAACGGAUGCAUGUUAAAAUGCCAAGCUCACAUUAAAAAAAUUUAUUUCCCGAAACAGGAACUCCUAAAAGACUUCUUGUGUAAAAGAGAAAGAGGGGAGCUUCUAAUCCAGAAAUCAAAGAAACUGAAAGAGAACCUUUACAAGAAGGUAUGUGAUCACCCAUUGCAUUUCUACAUCUCUACCAGCGCUUGCUUAGGCACGUGGGUGGCGCUGUGGGUUAAACCACAGAGCCUAGGACUUGCUGAUCAGAAGUUCAGCGGUUCGAAUCCCUGCGACGGGGUGAGCUCCUGUUGCUCAGUCCCUGCUCCUGCCAACCUAGCAGUUCGAAAGCACAUCAAAGUGCAAGUAGAUAAAUAGGUACCGCUCCGGCGGGAAGGUAAACAGCGUUUCUGUGUGCUGCUCUGGUUUGCCAGAAGCGGCUUAGUCAUGCUGGCCACAUGACCCAGAAGCUGUACGCCGGCUCCCUCGGCCAAUAAAGUGAGAUGAGCACUGCAACCCCAAGGUCAGUCACGACUGGACCUAAUGGUCAGGGGUCCCUUUACCUUUACUAUAUCUGACUCCUGCCCGUCAUGCAGGGAGUCCAGUAAGGGUCAACCACCGGUAGGGGAAGCCCCGUCGAUGCAAACCAACUCGAGCUCCCCCUGGGUUCCUGACAGGGUUGUGGCAUGGCCCUAGCCUAGCCCCGGACUUUGGACAAGAUCCACAUCCCCGGAUUCCUUUAAUGGAAUACUCUUAAACUUGGAGGCGCAGGUGAUGGCCACACCUCCCCUCCCCCAUCAUAAAAUCAACCAAUGCCUAACCGCCAAACCUUACGAAGUUGUGACGAUUGCUACGAGAUAGGCGAAAACCAAAUGGCCCAUGGCAAUUUGCCAAGUGGAAAAAUUCCUACCAGGCCCCGCAAUGGCGAUUGAGGAAGUGAGCCAAGAGGAAGCUCUCCGGCUCGCACCUCAGUUUAAAUGGGCCCGGCUACGCCCCCCAGCCAGCGGAUUGGCUGGCAGGAAAAUGACUUGGCUGGGAACCUCCAAGGGACGUGGGACUUCAUCCCCCACCCCCAGAGGGGAGUGGGUGGCCAUGUGGUCCACCGCAACUCCUCCCCACUGGGAAGUAGAGCGGAUUUUUGGACGACUGCCAUCAUACCAGAUCUUUAGCCAUGCUGGUUAUGGCUGAUGGGAGCUGCGGCUCCAAACAUCUACAGGGCACCCGGUUGGGAAAGGCUAGUAUACACCAAUGGGCAGCUCCUUGGGAUUUCAGGCAGGGCUCCUUUUUAAGCAUUACCUGUAAAAUGCCAGGGACUGAACUUGGAAUCUGCAAGAGAAGGAUGUGCCAUAUCACAGACCAACAGAUCCUUCGCUGACUUGAGGCUGCUUUUGCCAGAUGGGCAGUUUCAUCUUCAAGGUUGUGUUUGUAAGGAUGCGUGGGAAGCCCAUCUUUUCCAGUGCAGCAAGCAAAUAAUAAUAAUAAUAAUAAUAAUAAUAAUAAUAUAUUUAUACCCCACCCAUCCAACUGGAUUUCCUCAGCCACUAUGGGCGGCUCCCAACAGAAUAUUAAUAAUAAAAAAGUGAUAAAAUAUUAAAAACUUCCCUAAACAAGUGUGGCUUGAUCAUAAAAAAAUGAUCUUUGGAGACAACCAAAGUGAAAAUCCAAAUCAUGCUAUAAUCAUCUGAGAUCCCACCCCUUCUUCUUAUUCUUUUUUUAAAAAAGGAGCAGCUCUCCAUUUCAACAGACGGAUUUAUUCACUUUGGAGAUACGGUUAUGCUGGUCAGCCCAGAUAACAACAAUUCACCUGACAAGGAACCUACCAUGAGUGGGAAUCUAUCUCUGGCUGUUAAUCCCAAGGAAACAGACAUACUCUCAGAGAAUGAACUGACAGCUCCCUGUGAUAUGAGCGCAAUCAGCAGCGUGACCCCAAUUGGCCGGAAUGCGUUCCGGAUUUUAAGGUGGGAGACUGGUUGAAUCAUUUUAUAACUUCCUAGAAUUGGAUCUUUCUUUUUCAUUCAUUCUUUCUUUCCUUCUUUCUCCCUCCUUAUUUAGUACGCCAAGACUAGUGCUGCUGUUAGCAGGCAAGUCGUCUGCUGCAUGUUUUUCUUUGCCUCCAUAUUGCCAAGGUGGCGCUGUGGUCUAAACCACUGAGCCCCUUGGGCUUGCCGAUCAGAAGGUUGGCGGUUCGAAUCCCUGUGACAGAGUGAGCUCCCGUUGCUCUGUCUCAGCUCCUGCCAACCUAGCAGUUCGAAAGCAAGCCAGUGCAAGUAGAUAAAUAGAUACCCCUGUGGCAGGAAGGUAAACGGCGUUUCCAUGCGCUUUGGCUUCUGUCACGGUGUCCCGCUGCACUAGAAGGGUUUAGUCCUGCUGGCCACAUGACCCAGAAAGCUGUCUGUGGACAAACGCCGGCUCCCUUGGCCUGAAAGUGAGAUAAGCACCACAACCCCAUAGUCGCCUUUGACUGGACUUAACCGUCCAGUGGUCCUUUACCUUUUUUUUACCCUAUAUUGCCAAGGUGCCUACUUCAGUUGUGUGCACCUUGUAAAGAUUCUGCCUUGCUUUGCACAAACCCAGAAUCCUUCAGGAGAAUCUUGCUUUGGGCUCGGGACCGGGAUCAAUUUGAAUCUGCCACACACCCCUCGUAAACGAUCUGUAACAUGUCUUCUGUUGAAAUAAUGACCUUUGUCUGUUUUUUAAAGCAUUGAAGGCGAAUGCAUGGGAGAGCCACUUAGAUUCGGGCAGAAUUUUGGUCUUGGAGCAUCUGGAGGGUUUCCAGAGAAGAUGGUAAGUGAAUAUAUGAAACAGAACGGCCCAUACAAUGUUAAUGACUAUAAUGUUAUGUUACCAUAAACCUACACAGGAUUAAGGAUGCAACAGCUAUUUGCUAACUGUUCACCAUGCUUUCCAAACUUUUCACGUUGGUGACACUUUUUAGAAAUGCAUCAUUUUGCGACAUAGUGUAUGUGUUUCACUAGUAAACCAGAGGUUAAACUAACCCCUUAUAAGAGAUACGGACACAUAUCGUGCAACGCACAUACACGCUACAGCUGACACACCAACAAGUUGUGACACACAGUUUGGAAAGCUCUGCGAUACCUACUACAGUUUAUGAUUAUGAUGAUAGCCUACUUCAUAAUUUUAACCUGCUUCUCCUUUGAAGAGCUCACACCAACAUACUUGGGACCCUGAACCAGUCUCCCAUGCAGGAUCUCACUACGCUUGGACCCCUUACCUGAACAAUGGUUGACCCUGCACUAGGGUUUAUUUAUUUUUUAAGCCCUGAUGAUGCAUUCCUUUUCUCCACUCAAAGCUGAUUUCCCACACACCACUAUUGUGCUGCAUUAUUCAGUCUUGUCCUUCCAGAUGGCCAAUUUGCUUCCGUGAUGCUCUGGUCCUUAACUCUGUUCUUUUGUAUUUUAUUGUGGUGAAUUCCAUAUAUGUGGAAGUUCUUGUAGCCAAAAAGUGGACCCAAAAUCUUCUAAAUAGUAAACAAAUAUUGAAAAUUCAGAAGUAAGUCCUGUUGAGUAAAGACUCCUUCCAACGUUAGUUAAAAGCUUCCUCUUUGUGUUGCUAGUGUGUGAAAACAGUCACGAUCCAAGGAUGCCCAGGAAUGCACCUCCAGAUGGUGGAGAUGUCAGGUGCCAUCCUGUCACCUUGGGCAUCUUCACUUGGUUGCAAGUGGCCAAUAGCCAGGUGGAAAUGGACCUGACACCUGGCCAAUUUUGAACAGUGUCCAAUUCUAUCCAACAUAGAUGAAAACCUGCUCCUUGAUCUCAGGAACCAUUUCACAAAAUUUGGCUAUGAUAUCUUAAGAGGUGCCCAAUGAAGAGACAUCAUCAAGCCGGAUGCUCAAAGUUGCCUUUGGUUUCUGUGUGGCUUUGAUCAAUGUAACUUCAGGUAGUAUUUCUGCUUUUGGCAAGUGCUGGGAUUUGCAGCUCUGUGUCCCUCAUUUCCUGAAGUUUUGCAAAUGCAAAGUCCUUCACACCCAACCAUUCAUGCCAGACUAGUCCAUACAGCAAACUUAAGAAUGCAACAUGUGAUUACAGUAUGAUGUCAGCGCAAUACUGGACCCAGAUUCGUAACCACGCUAAUAUUUGUUUUGCUUGUUCUUUGGCCUCUGUCAAUCUACAACAAUGUUUAUCUAAUUCGCAGACAAAUCAUUCCCACAUGUUUCCAUUUCCAGCUAUUUAUUGCGAGUGACCACAGAAGUUUUCAGAACAUGACAAAGAAAUCCUCCCUCCAGCCUGUGUUCUUGACCGAUGAACUUACCUACUUGUGUUCUUGGCAAGCUACCUAUCUGGACCCACAGUUACGCAUGGAAUAUGAAGGGUUCCCAGUUCCUGUAAGAAAUGAUGCCGAGCCCCUUAAGCGUACCUUGCCUUUCAGACUGUUCUCUCAUGUUCUCCAACCGCCUCUCCCUCCUUUUCCUAAACUAGCUCUGCACAAGCUCCUGUGCUCUAGGAGCCUUUAGCUGCCUCCCAUGACUCUUACCUCUUUGGCCUCUGCUAUGCCAGCCCAUAGGGACGCGGGUGGCGCUGUGGUCUAAACCACAGAGCCUAGGGCUUACCGAUCAGAAGGUCGGCGGUUCAAAACCCCACGACGGGGUGAGCUCCCAUUGCUCGGUCCCAGCUCCUGCCCACCUAGCAGCUCAAAAGCACGUCAAAGUGCAAGUAGAUAAAUAGGUACCUCUCCGGCGGGAAGGUAAACAGCAUUUCCAUGCGCUGUUCUGGUUCGCCAGAAGUGGCUUAGUCAUGCUGGCCACAUGACCUGGAAGCUGUCUGUGGACAAACGCUAGCUCCCUUGGCCUAUAGAGCGAGAUGAGCGCACAACCCCAGAGUCGUCUGCGACUGGACUUAACGGUCGGGGUACCUUUACCUUUACGCCAGCCCAUAUUCUGGGAACGGCUUUGCAUCUUUUACCCAUCAAGCCAUCUUCAGACACAUCCUUACUAUACAUUUGAAGCACAUGGCUUCCCGCCAAAAGAAUCCUUGAAACUGUAGUUUGUUAAGAACGGUGGAAAUUGUUGCUCUGUGAAAGGGUGCUGGGAAUAGUUCUCUAAGUGGUUAAAAUAUAAUUCCCAGCCAGGGGCACCAUCUAAGGAGGCCAAGGGGCUGAGAGCGCCCCCAAAGUUUUCAAGGAGGGGCCUGGGUCCCCUCAAUAUCUAUGGCCUGCAGAGGGCCUUGCUGAGCCUAUUUGUGGCUACAGUGGGCCUCACAUCUUCCUCCAACUGUGUGACAUCACAUAUGCAUAUUAUGUGUGUGACAUCACUCACAUGUGCUGAGCACCCCCCAAAAUUGGUGAGAACCUGGCGUCUGUGCUCCCAGCAUUCUUUGGGGGAAGAAAUGCUUUAAGUUGAUGGUGUGGGCAGCUUUUCUUCACCUUCCGCCUUUUCUGCACCGUUUGAACAAUAAUUCUUCCUUGCCACACCUCUCUCUGCUUUGCUUUUGAUUCCCAAGGAAAAUUUAAUCAAAUUCAUGCGUAAACAGAAUUUAAGCCCUUCUUUCCUUCAAGUAUUUCUCUUUCUCUCUCGCUCCCCGCCCCCAUUUCUAGGCAAAUACAAAGAUCCUCAUUGUUCACAGUCAUACAAAUCAGGCCUUGGCAGUUCCUCGGAUCUUCUGGAUAAGGUGAGCAACUUUUGUAGAAAGGGCACAUCUACACUACACUCCAAAUAUGCAUUGGCUUUACACCAGUUUUGAACCCCCUGGUUACCCAGGCAAUCCUGGGUACCAGGGACAGGGGAUAAAUUCAUUUCAGUUCAACAUUUAAAGGCGAUCCAUCAAAUCUGCACUUUGUAAAACAAUAUGUGAACCAAGACACGGCCACCUUUCAAAAUUCACACUUAUCUGAAUUUUGCGAUGCCACUCUCCAACCAAACAAUGCUUACAAGAAGGCAGAUGUCAGGGGGAGCUGCUUGCAAAAAGAAAGUGUACAUUGGCCAAAACUGCCCAAUAAAAAUGCAAUUUCCCAGGGAAUUCUGGGGACAGUGGGAAGUGGUGUGAGACUAUACUUACAAAGGCUGGACUUCCUCAUAAGUAGCAACCACUUCCUCCCCCCAAAUCAAAAUAAAUGCCUCCACUUCCCCAAGAAAGAAAAUUGGCCCUUGUUUCUUUUUUUGGGGGGGGGGGGGAUACUUUGAGUAACUGGGGAAGGAAUAUUGGCCGAACCUUAUAUAAAGAAGUAAUCGGAGAACAGGGCCAACAUUUGAGGACUGUAAGAAGGCAACUGGCUAAAAUGUUUUAAAAAGAUCUAAUUUUGGUUCCUCUGUUUUUUGUCAGGUUGAUGUUGAUUAAAUGUUUAGUUCGGGUUGGUGGUUAAUUUGUAACUAUAAACUGUUUAUUAUUGCUAUUACUAUUAUUGCUAUUGUUGCAGUUGCUAUUAGUUUCUGUUGAUUUAUUGGUUUGUUUGUUGCUCGUAUAGGAUAUUUUGUUAUUUCUUAAUGUUUGAUGCUUUCUUGUAUUUUUAUAUAUGUGGUAAGCUGACUUGAUUGGCUAGAGAAACCCAGCAAGGUGGGCGGGAUAUAAAUUAAAAAAAUAUUAUUUAUUAUUAUAAACAUAAGUCAACACCACAAAGUGAGCUUCCUGCCCCCACUUCAAAUAAAUGCAAGGUGUGUGGCGGAUUGUAUUUUCUUUUCUUUUUUAAGUAUAAAUCAUUUAAAUAUAUGUCUGACACCCCCUUUAUCACAUACACAGCACAAUGGGACAACAACCUACCCCCUCCAUUGCGUAUGAAUCAAUAUGGCUAACCUGACCCAACAACCUAUCCCCAACACACAUACAAACAAGCCACACUGCAAUCAACUGAGAAAUUUAAAAUUGUAUGUGUGUGGGGUCAGCUGACAUUCAGGCUGAGGCUACGGAAUGUUUAGCCAUUAUUGUUGAAUUUCUACUCUCUUCUUUUGAAGGUCAUACUUUGGAAAGGAAUUUGAGGUAAACUGCCACACAUACCUGGAUACACACAGAGCUGAAGAAGACAAGAAUUACUGGGUCAUGGUUACCGGGAAUCCGAGCGACAAAUCAACCACGAUGUUUGAUAGGCCGAAGCCUCCGUCGGACGCGGACAGAGAGCAAAACAGCGAAAUCCCCAAAGUAAUAUGCCCCUGCUAAAGCCCAUGCUUUAAAAAGGAAAUACAAAAAUGUCAUUUUUUGUGCUCAUGUAAACAGAAAGCGAGAGAGAGAGCGCGAGAGCUGAAGAUGUAAACUGGCAGCAGAGCACGAAGGAUGCUUUGCUAUUUCUUCAUUCGAGCUGAACAGAUAGGUGAGGAUGUAUUCAAAUAGCAUUAGAAAUCUAACAUUAUUCUAUCCUGUAAAAAAUAAAUAAAAAAUCCAGAAUACAAUAUCAGUACAACAAACUUAGAA